GCUUCGUCCUCGCGCUCAAUUGAUGCAUCAGUGAAUUAACCAGAGAGAGAGAGAGAGAGAGAGAGAGAGAGAGAGAGAGAGAGAGAGAGAGAGGACCGAGCGGAGAGACAGUUUACAUCGUGACAGUUUUGAACUUCGUCUUGAACUAGAAGAUCCAUCCAUCCAUCCAUCCAGAUGAGUGACCAGCCUCCUCCAUACAUACCUCACCCCCCCAUUGGCCCCUCGGCUCCUGGCUUCCCCUCAGCCUUCAACCCUCAGCCUUCAGCCUUCCCUGCCUCGCCUUACCAGACCUUCCCUCAGACAUCCGGAGGAGACCCUUUCUACUAUCAGGGGCAGAUGGGGCAGAUGGGGCCGGGGCAUAUGCCAAACCCAGGGCCCUUCCUGGUUCAGCCAGGUUUCCAAGGGUACCAGAGUGAGCCCCCUGGGCCCUGCCACAGCUGGGGCAACCCAAAGACGUAUGGACAGCCAGACAAAAACACAAUGUUCGUGGUCGAUCAGAACUGUGGCAGCAACAGUGGUGGUGGUGGUGCUGAGAAAUCGUGCCUGGCAGCGUGUUCAGCUGCCCUGUGCUGCUGCUGCCUCUGGGACCUGUUGACCCACAACUUCUGCUGACCUCUGACCUUCACCAAGACUCUCUUUGUUUCCAUCAUGCAGCGGGGCACUGAUGCAGACACCAACCUCUGCUGGUGAAACUAAUUGUUAAUGUUUUAUUUUAAAAAUGCUUUAUAAUCCUUGUGGAGAGCCUUUAAAGGCUCAGCUUUGUGAUUGGAGCAUGUGCAGAUUAUAAAUCUAACCAUGGAAAACUUGCCUGGUUCAUGUUUUUCUUAUGGAAAUGUGUACUUGAUUUCUUCAUUGAUUUGAUGCUGUCAAUAAAAAAAAUAAUAAUAAAAAUUUAAAAAAAUCUUCA